UCUGCACCGGCUCAGGAACUUCAUAAAACUUUCUCACUUCUUAGUUCAACGAUUGUGUUACAGACGUGGGCCAAGUGCUGCAAUCAACUCUUACGUUUCAUACAUAGUUUCGCUGUGAAACAGUUUUGUUUUUAAAGUUACGUAGUUGCCAAAUAGUUAUUUCGUAUUUUAGUAGGCUUAUAUUCAUCUACACUCAAGUAGACAAUUGUAUUAAGUGAACUCUUCAAUUUCCAAGACACGUAUGUAACAAACAAACGUGCUUUCUACUGAGACUAGAUAUAAACCUAGCGGGGGAGAUAACUUAAGAAAAAAAUGAACUUACGGACUUUAAAAUCAUUAAGUGUUAAUAACUUGGAUUUACGAUGUUUUCAACACUCGAGAGGUAACAUGUUACACUGAACCAUUGGAAGAUAUAUUUGUUUCCUUAUUAAUGGACGUUUUUAACAAACCAAAAAUAUGAACAGCAAAACUAAAAUUCAGACCAACAAAUCUUCCAAAACUUUAGCAAAUUCACAUGGAAAACUUAAGUACGGAGAUGCAAGCCCUAAGGAAGUGACGUCAGUUCAAGGAUUAGGAUCUAAAUCGAAGGCUAGUAAGAACAAUAAACAUUCCCAAGAUUUCUUGCAGUCUUCGGAAAAGUUAACGCAGCCAGAAAAAGAUUUGGAUACACCUUUGUCUACAGGAGUGAGCAAUAAUCUGGAGGAUGAUGUCAAGGCAAGUGAAUCUAAUGACCAAGAGAAACUAAACACUUCUGAAGGGGAUGAAAAGGAAGAAUGUCAAGAGAACGGCCAUGUUGAAAAUGGCCAUAUUGACGAUGUUGACAGUUCUGACCAACUGAGUCUCACGGACAGCUAUGUGUCUGACUCUAGAGCUCUCAUGUCAGAUGAUGCACAGGUUUCAAAUCCUUAUGACGUGUUUUCAGGUGGCCAGGGACCAGCAGAAGCAGAGAUCUCGUCCCGCCAGGCCAAAAUUAUACGAGAAAUUUUGGCCAACUUUGACCUCGAGGAUGUUAUGGAUAGAUACAGGGGUCAAAGUGUCAUGCAAAGUCUCAAGAAAAACAGUCUGCUUCUAGAGGCUGUCAUGGGCAAUGAAAAAAUACCUUAUAGUGACCGGAAAUGGCACGAAGCUCUUCGUCAGAAAGUUAUGGAAGACUUAGAGAGACAACAAGAUGAAAGAGAAAGGCGCCUGGCUGAAGCCGAAACACAACGAAUUCUAAAAUUAAAACUUCAGGGUAUUCUUCGGGAUGAAAGCAACAAAAGGGGAGAUAAGCACGAUACAUUGAGUCCAGCAGACAAAAAAUUCGAGCAGAGGCAAGCCCAGAAACAUGAAUCAUUGUAUAAACCAAAUGAUAUAGAGUCACAGAUGCAAAUAUUAAGUCAAUCUGGCCAUGGAUCUAGAUCAAAGAGUAGCCACAAAGAAAAUGGUGAUCCUGCACCAGUGACCAGUAAUGAGCCCACAAACACUAGUCAUUCUAAUGAAGUCAGUGAGUCUAGUUCAAACAUACCUACUUAUAAAAGUCACCUGGGUAGGAUGAAACCAGACAACACAACAGUAAUACAUCCAGAUCUGGAGAAGUUAUAUCAGGAAGAGGACCUUGAGAAACUGUACAAAGAAGCUGAAAGUUUAGUCAGAGUGUCAACAGUAAAAUCAACUCACAAGAAACCUGCAUAAAGAACAACUCACAAGAAACAUGCAUAAUGAACAACUCACAAAAAACCUGCAUAAUGAACAACUCACAAGAAACCUGCAUAAAGAACAACUCACAAGAAAUUUGCAUGAAAAUUUGCAUAAUGAACCUAGAUUUAGAAUAAUCUACUUCCAAAUUCAUAUAAAGUGAAAGCAUGAGAUUUACAUCUAAUUCUGAAUGCAAUAGCACCUGGACUCUAUGUACAAAAGGAAAUCCAAUGUGAAGGCCAUGUGCUAACACAGUAUUCUAGUUUAUUAACAAAGUGAAACAUUCCCCUAUCUUAAAUUCUAUUUGUGCACGAUACAAAAAAUAUUCAGAUUUAUAGUAUAUCAAUGUAUUUAUUCUAUUUAUUAUUUUUGUUCAUCUUUUAAAAGCUGUAAUAUCAUAAGUUAUUAUUACAUUUAUACUAAAAAGAAAAAAAAAAGGUUCCAAUGUGAUAUUUGUUUAAUUAGGCAAUUACACAUUUUUGUUUAAGAUUACUGCAAAUAUGUUUUGUAUUUUUCUUUUUAAAAAAAGACCACACCCAGAUAUUUAAACAUUAUUAUUAAAACUAAUAUCUUCAUUUGUAUGUUUCAUUAAUUGGACCAUACUUAUCCAUUUCUGCAACAUAUGUCAAAUCAGACAUUUUAAAACUAUAAAAUGAAUUUAUUGCAUUUUUUUUAAACAAAUUCUUUUUUAAUGAAUUGAAAAGAAAAAAUAAACAAAUAAUAUAGAUUUUUAGAGUGUGUAGUUCAAUUAUUUUUUUUAUAAAGUACUGGUAAAACACUGAAAAACAUUUCCACUUAUUAUAUAGAUAUAUCAGCUACUUUACAGUGAAAACACAAUUUAAACUAAAUUAUUUCCUUUAGAUUAAUAAUCUAGGUUAGUUGAAUUCACACUAGCUUCAUUUGUAUACUGUCCACUCUGAGACAUAAAAGCUGAACAUUAUUUAUUAUACUUUUAUGUGAAUAAAUUAUUUGUUUUAACUUUUGUCUUAUAUGAUUAAUGUUUCUGAUUACUUCAAAUGAUAACAUAGAAUUUAGAUAUUACUUGGAUUAAAAAAGUUUUAGAGCAUAUUUUUACAAUUUUAAUAUGAUAAUGAUAGAUUUUGUCAUCCAGAGGGCUGCCUACAGCAUUUUGUGCCUCCUUAUGUGGCUGGUGACACCUAAUUGAGACAGGAAUUUUUGGCUGCACACAUGGCAAGCUAUUCCAGAUGGAGAUUGUGUGAACUCUUCUGAUUUUUUUACUGGUACUUUUCUUCUGCCAAGGCUAUUUUAUUAUAUAAUAUGAACAACCAGCAUUUAAAAAACAUGGGUCAGAAAACAUUUAAACAAAAAAAAAGUUACACCUUUUGUUUUUAGAUCAUUUAUUUUGCUCACAAAUAUCUUAUCCCUCUGACAUCUCUACAUCUUCCCAUCCAUCUUCAGUAUCAAACAAUUGUUCUUUCUUUCCAGGGUUACUUUCAACUGGUUUUGUUUUGUUCUUCUUCCCAGAUCUUUUUUUCUUCUUGGAAGAUUUCACUGGCAUUGCUGCUGUUACUGAGGUUGAAGCUGUGUCUGGCUCUGAGAAUGAAACUGGUUCAUUUAACUCUUCUUCUCUGUCAGCCAUGUCAACAUCUCGCAGUGUCACUGUCUUUGCUUUUGUUUCUGGGACUUCAGCUGAAUUAAUAACAACACAGCUUACAAAUAAAUGAUUAUCAUGAAGUAAAUUACAACAGAUAAAAACAUACAAAAAUUAUUUUUUUUGCUAAGAAAUCAAACAAGACUAUUUCUUUUCAUCUAAAGUAUGUCAAAGCAUAUGGUGACUUAAUAAUCUAUAUAAUAAUCUAAAUUUUUAUACAGUCAAUGUUUGUGGCACCAGAAAUCAUAAGUAAGAAAAUAUUAAGUCAAUGAUUAUAAAACUGGCAUACUGAUGAUUUAUCGGGCUUGUAUCAAAACAAGAAAAUAAAAAAAAACUGUUCUGGUAUAAUCAAAACCACUAAUUUACAAAUUGUGACCUUCCACCCUUUUUACUUUUAUUAGUUUUGCUGUUUCAUUGUUUUGAAAAGCCAUUCAAAUAUUUUUGAAAUAUAGGAGAUUUAGUGCUUUCCAAAAUAUAAUUUAAGUAAAAAAUUUAUUGGAUUCAAUAGUAUAAAAAAGACAUGUCCUAUUACCAUAGAUGCAAACACAAUUAGUGAAAUGAACACAGUAGGAAGAAUUCAUUAAACAAACAUUGCUGUUAUUAAGGAAUUUUUCUUUUCAAAGUUACAGUGUUACUUAUUAAAAUUUAGAAUUUUUCUUAGUAAAAUAUACUGUCGGAAAUAUUUGCAGUGUGCAGACUAUUUGAAAAUGACUUAUUCAAUAAAACAUACUUUCCAUCUGUGAUUUCUCUCUCAGUCUGUGAUUCAAGCGUUUGGUGAGCCUCCUAAGUUUUUUUCCUGAGAUUUUGAUAUUAUUCUUUGGA